GUGAACAUGGAAAGAAAGCCUACUUCGAGUUGAAAGCUGGCGGCGGGUUGAGUGUAAACACCAAUGAAAUUACACAGACCGAGAGGAAGGUCUGGAGAAGAUUCACAGCAUUACAGAUCAAGAGGAGUUCCCACUUGGACAAAUUUGAGAAAGAGGCUUUCGUUUGUCCUGACAGCGUUUGCUCGUUUAUGGUAGCCUGUUUAGAAAGGAGAGAUGAGUCUCGGAUCCUGAUUCGAGUUGACAAGCGCGCUCCACUACUGUAUCCAGUCUUUCAACCCCUCUCUCUCCGAAACCAGGAAAUCGUCGAGGUGUGCUUCUCUUUAUCCUGCUUGUGGAUCGUAGGCUACCCAUUUACGGGUAGAUAGAUGUGUAUCUCGCCAAUAUCCUCGUUUUUUAUUUUAUUUUUUUGCUUUUGAACCGCGGGCUUAGAUUUGAAGCCGAAAAAACUGCUUCGGAGAGGAUCUCCACUCGCCUAACAAUGAGUGAGUCCAGUAUAUGCCAGGCUCGGGCCACGGUGAUGAUCUAUGAUGAUGCGGAUAAGAAGUGGCUCUCGGCAGGAACAGGGCCUCAGGUCUUCAGCAGGGUCCAGAUCUACCACAACCCCUCCACUAACGCCUUCAGAGUGGUGGGACGCAAGAUGCAGACAGAUCAACAGGUGGUGAUUAACUGUCCGAUUGUGAAAGGCCUGAAGUACAAUGAGGCCACGCCCAACUUCCACCAGUGGCGGGACGCGCGGCAGGUGUGGGGGCUCAACUUCGGCAGUAAGGAGGAUGCCGCCCUCUUCGCCAACGGAAUGGCCCACACACUGGAAGUGCUCAACUCCCUGGCAGACGCAGGUUAUGCUACCCUCCCCCGCCCAGUGUCAAAUGGACCCUCCCCAGAGGAGCUGGAACAGCAGCGGAGGCUGGAGCAGCAGAGGCUGGAACAGCAGGAGAGAGAGAGGCAGGAGUGGGAGAGACUGGAGAGAGAGAGACAAGCUGCAACAGUGCCCACUCCCCCGGCUCCACCGUUGGCCCCCCCAGCACCUCCGGGCCCUCCUCCACCCCCCGGCCCUCCUCAGUCUGGGCCCCCUCCACCCCCUGGACCUCCUCCCCCAGGACCCCCGGCCGCAGGAUCAGGACCCCCACCUGCCCCACCGCUGCCCUCCCCGGGAGGAGAUGGGGGCCUAGGGGGAGGUGCAGGGGGCCUGGCGGCAGCCUUAGCCGGAGCCAAGCUCCGCAGAGUGGCCAAGGAUGAUAGUGGUAGUGGUGCUUUUGCUGCUGUUGCUGCUGCUGCUGCUGCUUCUUCUGCUGCAGCACCGGCUGCCAAGCCUGAUCAAAGCCGCACCAGUGCCUCCAUCGGUGGUGGUGGUGGUGGAGGAGGAGGCCUGAUGGGUGAGAUGGCAUCCAUCCUGGCACGGAGGAAAAAAAUGGCAGACGGUGGGGCUAAGCCACCUGCUAAGACAUCAGAUAAUGGUGACUCAGAGUCUCAAGGCCAAACUGACACUCUUGGAAGAAGACCUUGGGAGAAAUCAGCCACUAUGCCCAGGAAUAAUGUCAUCUCCAAGAGCAUGGACUCCACCUCUCCCUUGCCCCAGGGUCCCAGGGUGAAGCAUGCAGGUGGUAGUAAUGAUGCUGGAGGUAGUGAAGAGACCGAUAUGGAGAGGAUUAAACAGGAGAUUCUUGACGAGAUGCGAAAGGAGUUACAAAAAGUCAAGGAGGAGAUAAUCGGGGCCUUUAUUGAGGAGCUACAGAAGAGGGGCUCCACAUAGUUCUGCUAGAGUGGCGGGUGGAAUGGAUAGAGGAGGUUAUGGCCCUGUAUGGACCUCUCCCCUGUCACCCCCUCCAGUGUAGCCCAGGGAUUUUUAUUUCUCUCCCUCACACAUUCUCACAUUCACACACCUACAUAACUGCACACGAAACGUACAUGUUAACGCAGGGAACUGAUUCACAACCACAUUCAAACACAGGACUAGAUCACCUGCUAUCACCCCAGCUGCGAUGACACCACCUCUCCUCGCACAUCCCUUCUUGUAUCCAACUUUUCCUUCAUUUCAUGAGAACCACUGCAGAGCACAUAAUCACGGCUGCUGUUGCUCUUACUCCUUGUCAUGUACAGUUGUAUCUCUCCCCCCAUGUAUCUGCCCCAUAGAAAUCCUGCUCCUACUCACUCCCUUCGUCAGACAGACCAGUGUUUUUACUGGGGUCUUCAGUAUUCAGGGAAGAACAUAUCAUUCAUUCUUGUUACUUUAAUGACAGAGUGGUUGGUUGGCUUUUGUAAGAAUCCUCUUUAACCUGGCACAGCUUCAACCUCAAACACUGCCUUCAAAUAUAACAUUUUAGAUAACCCAAGACAACACAACAUAGGCCUAUCUUGAGAAUGUGUGGUGACGGGAGGACACUACCAGAUCGUUCAGGGACACCAUGGUGGAGGGCUUUCAUCCCCAGAACACACUACUUCCUGCAGGCCUGGUGCACAACAACAAGAGCUUAUACUGCCCCACUGCCUUGAAGCAAGGUCUACCGCUCCCAAGUGGACUGCUCUGUCAAUGGCCAAAAAAGAGACACUACACAAACUUCAAUUCUACAGACUUGGAUAAGUCAGAGGAAACAUGCAAAGGGAAUGUGAUGGACUGCCCGGAGUGCCGUGAGGGAGAAGAGUGCUGUGGUUCUGAGCUAUGGAGGGAAUCCUAGUUCUUUCUGCAUUACACUUGGCCCGGAGAAAGUAUAUUUUGUGCCACUUGCACUCUCAUCUUUACCUUCUGCUCAAAAUGAGACACUAAUCAUUGGCCACUGCAGUGGUCCUAAACUGUACUGUUUUUUCUUUUGUUUUCAGGUGUGUUUUCUAACUACAUUGAAAUAUAUAAAUUAAUAAAAUGGCCAUGACUAAGUCAAUUAAUUGGCCAUGACCAACUGCCUUGGAGUGUGUGUAUGUAUGUAUGUAUAUGUGUGUAUAUAUAUAUAUAUAUAUACACACACAUCUAUAUAUAUUUGUUUUGAGGGAAAAUGUUAGCAAAACUGUGAUGCUGUUUUCUAUUUUAAUUGAGAUGACUGGUGAAUGGGGAAUUGUUUUGAUUGUUUUCUUUUUAAGAUAUGUUAUUUUGGGUUACUGUUGUUUUUUUUCUAAUAGAGUAUAAGCUUUUUACACUGAAAUAUAAAUAAAACAACAUAGAGACACUGGAUUAAA